CGCAGCGCUGCCCGAGCUUGAAGCUCACUCCCUUCGCACACAUGGCUCUCUCGGCAAAGGACCUCCGCGGCAAGCUCGUCGGCGUGUGCGUGUCGGGCGGUCUCGACUCCAAGACCGUCUCCAAGCGCCUCGUCGAGGAGGGCGUCCAGGUGCUCGCCUUUUCGGCGGAUCUCGGUCAACCUGACGAGGACGACAUCCAAAACGUGUCCAAGCGGAUGGCGACGUGCGGCGUCGAGACGGUCAUCGUCGACCUCAAGGCGGAGAUGGCGGAGGGAUGCUUCGACGUGGUGCGCUGCCAGGCGCGGUACGACGGCGGGUACUGGAACACGACGGGGAUCGGGCGGAUCGUCACCUGCCACGGCCUCGUCACCGCCAUGCAGAAGCGCGGCGUGCAGGUGCUCUCCCACGGCGCGACCGGGCGUGGCAACGACCAGAUGCGGUUCGAGCGGUACACGAACGUGCUCGCGCCGUCGAUGCUCGUCUACGCGCCGUGGCGCGACCCGGCGCUGCUCAAGGAGUUCCCGGGACGGUCGGAGAUGGUGACCUACCUGUCCAAGUUUGGGAUCGAGGCGUUUGUCGGCCCGAAGAAGAAGUACUCCACCGACGCGAACCUGGCCGGCCUGUCGCACGAGGCGGAGGACCUCGAGUCGGUGCAGACGCCAAUGACGAUCGUCGACCCCGAGAUGGGCGUGUGGCCAAAAGACGCGCCCGAUGCAGAGGAGCUCGUCGAGCUCACUUUCGAUGGCGCGCGCUGCGUCGCCGUCAACGGGAAGCGGCUCUCCCCGCUGGAGGUGAUCUCGCUCGCGAACACGAUCGGAGGACGCAACGGCCUCGGCAUCUCGCACGCGCUCGAGAACCGGAUCAUCGGCACCAAGUCACGCGGCGUCUACGAGGCGCCCGGCAUGGAGCUGCUCGGCCGCGCGCUCGAGUACCUCUACCAGGCGGUCCUCGACAGACGGGCGGCGGCGCUCUUCGCGCACCUCUCCUCCCUCGUCUCGAACCAGAUCUACGACGGCCGCUGGUUCGACCCGGCGACGGUCGCGGCCCGCAAGGCGAUACACGAGCUCACCAAGACCGCGAGCGGCGUCGUCAAGGUUGGCUGCUACAAGGGCAACAUCCACUUUCACUCCCUCUCCGACGUGGCCGCCUCGCUUUACAAUGAGGCCGACUCCUCGAUGGAGGCGUCGGACGGCCUCAACCCCGUCUCGUCGCAAGGCUACGCCGAAAUCCAGGCCGUCGAGGCGCGCUCGCUCGCCCUGGCGGGCCAGAUCGCAAAGUGAGCUCUGCGGCAGCCGCCUCCGCAUGUACCCCGAUCCCUCGACACAAUAGUCUCACACCAGAGGCCCCCCGUGCACACACGUCGUCAUGCGCGAGCGCACGUGGCGAGUCGGAGAGAGACGUGCGCCCAGGGAGAUACGUGUGACCAAAAUGAGCUGUUGCCUCGCCCGCGGUCGUUCGUUGUCGGCAUUUGAGUCAUAUGAUAAAGUGCGGUGUUCCGCUACAGUGUUAAUAUCGGUGAGGAUGAAUACCUG